GUUCGCAAUGGCGAGGGCCAAGUGCAGGAUGGCGGCGACGAUGAUCGCUUGCUUGAUGGCCAUGGUGAUGUCAGAAGGGAAGGUGCCGGUACCAGCGAGCAGAAGGACGGCAGUAGACUCGAGCAUGCUGAGCAAGACAAGAGGCCUCUUGUACGUUAGCCCGAUCCACAUGUCAUGGUCCCUUCCAAGCUCCUCCUCGUCUCGUUCUCCUCCUGCAGCUCGGGAUCGCCCGAUUGCACAGAGGAUCCCAGGGGUAACGGACCAAGGGAAGAAGCUGCGAGGGCUCCCAAGGGCUAGCAGGCGGUACUCGCUGACUGCUCUCAAGACCUCAGCUCAGGCAUCGCAAUGGCGGGAGGUGCAGGAUCCGGCUUCGGGCUCUAUGUACUAUUGGAACGUGGAGACUGGGGAGACUACCUGGGAUGUUCCAGCAGCGUUUUCACCCUCCUCCUCCCAGUCGCAGGCGGCUCAGUCCAGCUCCAGCGAUGUGCCAGUGCAGAUCAGAGUGUCAGACGACUACAAAGUGAUCGAGGACUGCGCCGCGUUCUUCCUCGACUCGUUCUGGGAGCACAGCACCUCUAUGGGGCCCCAGACGUUUGACGCCGCACAGAAGCGAGAGCUGCUGGAGUGUCAGAGGCAGGACCUUCAAGAGAGGCUCGUGCCUUGCGGGGCCCUCGGCAACAACGGAAUGAUCCAGGCCUGCUGCGGCAUCGAGGUGUCUGUCGUUGAUAAGGAGGACAUCACCGUCCUGUCCAGGGAAAGGGGCGAGAACAUGCUCAAAGGCGGGCUGUCGGCCCUGGGCGGGCGAGCAAGGAACGAGCUGAGAAAAGCUCCUCUGAUCGAGGUUGCGAAUGCUGUUCUGCCGGAGAACUACGGGCUCAUCCCUGUCUUGUCAAACCUUGCGGUGAGCGAGAGGAGCCGAGGUAGCGGUCUGGGGCGGAGGCUCUGCCAGGAGUGCGAGAGCAUCGUGAAGAGUUGGGGUUUCCGAGAGAUUUUCUUGCUGGUAGAAGAACAAAAUGUUGCGGCACGAAAGUUGUACGAAUCCCUUGGUUAUCAGACUAUCUGGAAUCGUCCUGUAGACACCGUGAGAGUCUGCAAGCCCAAAUCUGAUGGGAGCUGUUUGGAGCUGAGGCCGAUCCCAACCAUCGCAAUGGUGAAACAGAUCUUUUAGAUGAGUUGCAGCCUUCGCGAGUGGACACUAGUAAACCUGAGCCAAGGCAAGAGUGGGAGGACACGUGAUGGCCUGGGAUGUUUUAAGUUCGAGCUGCCUUAGGGAAGUUGAGGUAUGGGAGCACUUGCGACAAUGUGAAGUGUUCCAGGAGAAACUCAUCUGCCCUCUUGGCUGCCUUCGAGGCAGAUCUGAACUUGUCACUGAUGUAGAUCUUCUCCCUGCCUUGCAUCAUGUGACGCAGGCUGCUGUUGAUAUAAACGCGGGGCUG